UUCAUCUAAUAUAAAGACUGAAUUCUGUUUAUUUUGGCAUUGCACCAAUGUCCUAGUAUGUUUAGCACAGCUACAGUGAAGGCUACCAGGCCGUGUGUGGUGUUGUUGUUGUUGUGAGGUUAAACCCGGAAGUGUCUGAAAUAAUUUCCACACUACUGAUAAACACAAACCAGGUCUCAACGACCACACAUUUAACCUCUUGUAGAAUAUAAAUAACUUAUUCUACGAGUCUGUCCAGCAAACUUCAGAUAUUAGAUUAGACAAGUCUAAGGAAUCUUGUUUCUGACACCAGAGCCAGCAUCAGACUACUUUAUUGUCCUUACAUAAAAUGGGAAGUUGUCUUUGGCACUGACAUGGAAGAGAAAAACAUCAUACAUCCAAAAUAGCCCUUAAGAACAAUGCAUUGCAAUGAAAUACUGUAAAAUGAGCAAAUGGCCUAGUCGGUUCCAUUUUAGUCUAAAAAGCAAUGAAAAAAAAAAUGAAGCAGCCUUGGGACCAAAAGGUUGCUGGUUCGAUUCCCUGGACCAGCAAGAAUGACUGAAGUGCCCUUGAGCAAGGCAUUAUAACCCCAGGCUGCUCUGGGUAUGUUGUACGUUGCUCUGGAUAAGAGCAUCUGUCUGCUAAAUGCUAUUAAUGUAAUGAAUAAAAGAGAAAAUUAAAUGUGUGGAUCCUGUGGUACUUAUUUGAGCAGUCAAUGGCCUUACUGAGAAUGGUCACAGCUGAUGGGAUAAGAAAUUUUUUAUAGCCGUUGUGACUGCAAGUCUGCAGCCUGAUGGCAGCAGCUGAAAUGCAUGGUGGAGAGGAUAGGUGGGAUCCUGAUAGAUCUGGAUUGCUUUUUUUUUUUUUGUUAAUGCCUGAGAAUGCAAGUCCUGGAGCUGAAGUUAUCAGAAUUACUUUAUUAAUCCCUGGAGGGAAAUUCAUGUCCCAUCGUUAUGCCAAAAGGUUGCCGGUUCGAUUCCCUGGACCAGCAGGAACGGCUGAAGUGCCCUUGAGCAAGGCAUUAUAACACCAAACUGGCUCCCCAGGCUGUUCUGGCCAUGGUGAAAGAAACUAAAGCCAAAACUUUCCAGGCGUACCUUGACUCCUGUCACCGCCGUUACAGCUGCGUCCACUGCCGCGCUCAUCUAGCCAACCAUGAUGAGCUCAUUUCCAAGUCUUUCCAAGGAAGCCAGGGUCGUGCCUAUCUGUUCAACUCUGUGGUGAAUGUGGGCUGUGGUCCGGCGGAGGAGAGACUGCUGUUGACCGGGCUUCAUGCUGUGGCUGAUAUUUACUGUGAGAACUGUCACACCACUUUGGGCUGGAAAUAUGAACAAGCGUUUGAGUUGAGUCAGAAGUAUAAGGAGGGGAAGUACAUCAUUGAACUUUCUCACAUGAUCAAAGACAAUGGCUGGGACUGAAGGUCUCGGUGUUGACCAGCAUGAUGUGGAUUUUUUUUUUUUAAAUUGUACUAUUAAGCACUUUUUUCAUCCUUGAUAACAGUUCAGCAGUUUUGCAUUUAAAUGUGAUAGAAAAAUCAGUAAGAUCAUAAGUUGCUCUCCUACGUAUCUGAGAGUUGGACAAAAACAUAGCAGCUUUACUUUAUCUCAAACUUUGCUGGACAUUAAAUACAGCAUUUCAGAUCUAGUCCAUUUAGUGUAAUUCAAGGCUGGGCAAAAUUUUGACCUUUGGACCUUUUAAGUGACUGUUUUCUAUUUUAGGUUCAGGUUUAAAAGCACGAGGUAGCAGAUGUGAUUGUCUUGGAUAAAUGUUUUACUCUGCAUUAUUUUGAGGUAUCCUUUUUAUUUUGGUGUGAAAUGCAUUGAGAGACUGAAAGCAAUGUGCAAUAUGUUUGUGUUUUGAGCUAAUGAAAAUGUUUUUCAUAAUGUAACUUUUCCUUUUAAUAAGUUUUUUUUUUUUUCCAAGGUAUAAAGGAAUCUUGUUCAUGGCUUGUCGCAUGUAGACCAGAUGUACGUCACAUCAGUUACAGCUUAAUGUAGAAAGUAAUUAUGAACUUUUUUCUUGAGGAAAUGUAAAUAGACAAGCCAUUAGAUCAUGGUAGAAUCUUAGUCCGUAGCAAUGUUCUGUAGACGCCAGGUCAUUUUGGUUUAUUUUUAUGAAUUGGUGUUAAAUUGUGAUGAAUGAAUGUUGACUUUAUUGUAUGUAAAUACAGAUUGUAUAAAUAAAAAUAAGAAUUCA